UUGUGGGCGUGUGGAGAUGAAAUCGAAAGUGUGAAAGUGAAUCGCUGGAAGGAUCGCAGGACAAACACAUCAUCGUGUCGCUCGAGGUCAAUAUGUCGAAAGGCUCUGCACUGAAGAUAAACACUGAUAAUGCCGUCAGGAUUGAAAACUAUCGUCAGUCACUUUAUAAACAGGCAGAAGAGCUUUUCUCCAACUAUAUUCCUCUGAAGAUCUCUCUGCUCGACAGUUUGCUCAAGGGGGAUGAAUUGAGCAUCUCUGACCUGCAGUCUCUUCAUGCACCUCUGGACAUCCCCAUCCCUGACCCCCCCGCUCCUGAAGAUGAGAUGGAGACAGAUAAGAAUGAAGAUGAUGAGAAAAAGAAAAAAGCUCCAAAGUGUGGUUUCAUCAAAGGGAACGAGCGGAUUGUGAAGCUGCUGGAUGUUGUGAAACCAGAGAUUGUUGCUCUGAAGGAGACCUGCAUCACUGUGUCUUGCUGGAUCUCUCAUCUGAUUCCCAAAAUAGAAGAUGGAAAUGACUUUGGAGUCGCAAUUCAGGAGAAAAUCCUUGAGAGAAUUAAUGCUGUGAAGACAAAGCUGGAGACCUUUCAGACCAACAUUAACAAGUAUUUCUCUGAGAGGGGUGAUGCUGUGGCCAAAGCUUCCAAGGAAACUCAUGUGAUGGAUUAUCGCUCUCUAGUGCACGAGAAGGAUGAAGCGGUUUAUUCAGAGAUCCGAGUGAUCGUGCUUGAUUUACGUGGCUUUUAUGCUGAACUGUAUGAUGUCAUCAGUAAGAACCUGGAGAAGGUGGUGAACCCCAAAGGAGAAGAGAAGCCGUCCAUGUACUGAGACGCCCAAUGUGACACACGACAAGACCAUUCAGCUUUCAAUAAUAUUUGUACAUGUUUGACAAAAUCUUACAGGAACAGGCUCAAAUCUGUUAAUAAAACACUUCAAUAAAAAAUGUUCACUGUUGUUUGAAACUGCUUCUCAUGAAUGACAAAUGUGAAAUACAGUGAUUUGAUCCUCUGCUGAUUUUGUAAGUUUGCCUGCUUACAAAGAAA